AUGAAAUUAAAUAAUAUUCCAGAAAUAAUUCAUAAUAAUUAUACAUCAUUAAAUGAGACAAAACGUGAAUGUUUAUAUCAAAAUUCUUAUAUAUCUCCAUGGACAACAUUUGCUUCAUUAGGAUUAUUAUAUAUAUUAGCUUUAACAUGGUAUUAUAAAAAUAGAAAAUCAAUGUGUUUACCGGUUCCUGAAACAAUAUUUCCUUAUACAAAAAGAUUAAAAAAAUUACAAAAAAUAUUGGAACCAUAUUUAGUUGAUGAUGUUUUUAUAGAAUUAACUGAUCAUAAAUUAGGACAAGGUUCUAUUGGAUUUGUUUUUAAAGGAUUUGUAUAUCCUAAAACACAAACACGUUUUAAACAAAAAAAAUGUGCUGCAAUUAAAUUAAGUUAUCCAAUUCCACAACAAUCUAUUGGUUUAUUAGAAGAAGCAGCAAGACUAUCAAGAUUGAAUCAUCCUAAUAUUGUUAAAUUAAUUGCCAUAAGUAGAUUAUCAUUUUCUGCUUUUAGGCCAAUGUUUGCAAUGGAAUGGUUAAGUGGAGGUUCAUUGGCUGAAUUUUUUAAAAAUCUUCGAACAUCUAAAAAUGAAAAUGAAAAGUAUGGAAAAAAAGUUUAUGUUAGGCAAAUUAUAAAUGUUCUUAGUCAAGUUGGAGAGGCAUUAAAAUAUAUUCAUGAAUCUAGAGAUCAAGAUGGUAGUGAAUUUACUCAUGGUGAUGUUGCUGCAAGAAAUGUCCUCCUUACACAUAGAGAUUUAGAAAAUUGUAUUGCUAAAUUAGGAGAUUUUGGUUUACCUAUAGAUUUUGGUCCAAGAUUACCAAUUCCAUAUCUUCCUCCGGAAAUUGUUUGUGCAGCAGAUUUUUUACAAUGUGUACAUCGUGUUGAGGCGGAUGUUUAUAUGUUUGGUGUUUUGGGUUGGGAAUGUGCUACACUUGGUGCUGAACCUCAUUAUCAAAAAAGUUUUGAAGAAAUUCAAAAAAGUUUAAGUGAAAGGGAUAGGGGACUUAAAAGACCAAAACAUACUCCUGAUGACUAUUGGGAAUUUAUAUUAAAAUGUUUGGAUGAUCAACAUCGACGUCCACGAUUUACAGGAAAAAAUACAGCCAAUAUUUUAACGACAUUAGAAAAAUUAAGUAAACAAUAUAUAAAUUCAACAGAAUAUUUUACUAUAGUUCAAAAUACAUCUAAUUGUACUUGUAGACAACAUCGUUGUGGAAUGCCAUUACCAAGUUUUACACAAUAA